GUCGUUGCGUUGAAGGGUAAAAAAAGAUACAACUCCGUAGAAAAUCAUCAUUUUCUCGACAGUCCCCCACACACAGCUAGUAGCUUAUAUAGGCCCAAAACCACCGACGUGUGUAGUAAAUUUGAUUUUGAGGGCUUAAAACUCUCUAUUUGUGUGUGUGUGCCAGAUUCACUCACUCUCUUCCUCUUCUCCGCCGCCUCAAGACCUCAUCGGUCUCCGUCUUCUGUAUCUUCUUGAAAGAUUCUCUCAGUUGUUUCUGCCAGGGCAUAGAUAAGUCUGUGAAGUAGUAGCUGAUGAUGAUGAUGACUUCACUCGGUGGUGGUGGUGGUGGAGGAGGAGGAGGAGGAGGUGGUGGUGUUGGACCUGUCGGUGGAGGAGGGAGAUUUAUGCCGUAUCCACCGCCUCUUUCUAUGCCUCCGUCGGCUCCUCAGUCACCUAACUUCUCUGGUGGUCUCCGAUCACAGCCUUCUUCUUUCCUCGUUGAGCAGGAGAAGUAUCUUUCUGAGUUACUUGCAGAGCGUCAGAAACUUACGCCCUUCUUACCUGUUCUUCCACAUGUCUGCCGACUCAUGAACCAAGGUCAGCCUCCAUACUUGUUAUAAUAAAAAAGACCAUAAUAUUAUCGUUUACUAUGAUCUUCUUCUACAAUUCUUUACGUUUCAUGCUUUAGAGAGCUACUGUUUUUUGUACAUUUGAUCAAAACAUUUAGCUAGCUGUUAGAAAUAUAGGACAAUUUAACUUGUACGGUUCUUUAACUAAGAUAUUGUUUCUGUCCAAAGA